AUGAUCAAUAAUCUCUACCAAGAAAAAUUGACGAUACAACAUGCUAUCGCAAAUAACAAUGCGAUAAUACAAUACCUUCGUAAUCAACAAAGCAGCCAAGUGGUUCAUGGAGGUUCAGUUCCUGGACGUUCUUUUAUCUACCUCGAUCGAGAAAGCGCACAUUAUAGAUUGUUCAACGACUACUUCUCGAAGAACCCAACUUACAACGAUGCCAUGUUUCGUAGGAGAUAUCGUAUGUCUCGUCCUUUAUUCCUUCAUAUCGUUAAUGCGGUUAAAAAUCAUGACAACUACUUCAAACAACGAAGAGAUAUAAUCGGUAGACUUGGUUUAUCAUCUCUUCAAAAAAUAACUGUCGUCUUUCGGAUGCUAGCUUAUGGUUUACCAGCUGAUGCAACAGACGAAUACAUAAAAAUUGGCGAAUCAACAGCAAUCAAAAGCAUACAAAGAUUUUGUCGAGCUGUAGCGGAGAUAUUCUCAGAGGAGUACUUACGAUCACCAACACCUGCCGAUAUUUCAAGACUUAUGUAUAUUGGUGAACAACAAGGUUUUCCGGGAAUGUUAGGAAGCUUAGAUUGCAUGCAUUGGAAGUGGAAAAAUUGUCCUACCGCUUGGGCUGGACAAUAUUCAGGUCGUAGUGGAUCACCAACUAUAAUUCUUGAAGCUGUUGGGGAUUAUGAUCUUUGGAUAUGUCGUGCAUAUUUUGGGAUGUCUGGCAGCAAUAACAAUAUCAAUGUGUUGGAAUCCUCCCAUUUUUUCUCCAAUCUCGCUGAAGGUAUUGCACCCUGCUCAUUAUAUUAUUCAGGAAAUGAAUAUAAUAUGAGGUAUUAUUUGGCUGAUGGAAUAUAUCCAAAAUGGUCUACUAUAUUCCAAACUAUUCACGAGCUAAGAGGUUCAAAAAAGCAAUAUUUUGCUACGCAACAAGAAGCAUGUCGGAAAGAUGUGGAACGUGCUUUUGGAGUUCUCCAAUCACGCUUUGCAAUUGUGAAAGAGCCAGUUCGUUAUUGGAAUAGAGAAGUGAUACAUGAUAUCAUGACCACUUGUAUAAUUCUACUUAACAUGAUAAUUGAGGAUGAGCGUGAUCUCGAUGCACCAAUUGACGUUGCCAGAGAAGUGAUACAUGAUAUCAUGACCACUUGUAUAAUUCUACUUAACAUGAUAAUUGAGGAUGAGCGUGAUCUCAGUGCACCAAUUGACGUUGCCAGAGAAGCUCCAUCUACAGAGGUUGAUAUCGAAUAACAUGAGAAUAUUCGUUUUCAAGAAUUUUUUGCUCGAUUUAGAAGAAUUAAAGAUCAAGAAGCUCAUUUCGCACUUCGAAACGAUUUAAUUGAUCACAUGUGGGAAAAACAUAUGUCUGGUACUGCUUUAUAAAAUCUAAUGUUUUUAUUUAUUUAUUUAUGUUUGGUGUAAUAAUUUUAUUAUAAGAUAAUGUUGAACAUGUUGGAUUAUGUAAAAAAAAAAUAGUUGGGCAAAAUUAGUAAAGAUGAGAAACUAGAAAAUGUUAUUAAUAAUUAAUGGUAAGUAAUGAUGAAAUAUAUUUGGAAUAUUAUUUUUACAAGGAAGAAAUGAAACAAACCAUUGGAGUGAAUGUUACUUUAUUUUUUUCUUCAUUUUGAAGAAAGUGAACAUUUGAAGAUAAAAAUAAAGCCAACCAUUGGAGAUGUUCUAAUGGAGUAAAAAACGAAGAAAAAAUGAAAAAUGAAACACCUUUGAAAAUGCUUAGCAUAUAUCUCACGGCAAAACCACAUUAUAUUCCCCAAACACAAUCAUCUAACAUCUUCAUUCUUGAAUUAUUUGUUUUGCUUCGAGAGAAGAUCAGAUCUAGACCACCCUCGUCUGUUCGAUCAAUCAAAGACGAUUAUCAUCUUGUUUUCUCGUGAACCAAAACCUGCAGAUUAUAUAAAUUGAAGAUUUUAAAAGCACAACUUUUCUUAAUAGCAUAAGGUAAAAUGUAAAUUUAUGUAAGAUAAUAUAUUUAAGAAUGACAAAUGCAAAUAAUAGAAAACCACAUGACUUUUACCAUAAACAGCCCCCACCUUUCAUCAUUUCAUUGCUUUUUCAUUUUUUGUUUCUAUCUCAAAAGGAAACCUUGAAGGUGUAACCACAUCACUCAUUUCAUUUCAUUGCUUUUCUUUAGCCAAGCCAA